AUGGAAGCUGCGUCGGAUAUGGCGGCGCUGACCGCGGUCAAAGAGGAGGAACCGUUGCUUGAAGAUGGCAUGUUGAUCGCAGAGGUGCCGAAAAAGGAGAAUGGCAGUGACGAGCAGCAAAUUGUUGCUGAGGGCACGAUCAUUGCGCAGGCCGCUGGCUGGAAGCUGAAACUGAAGAGGAUGUCUCCGUUCGCAGGGCUUGCAUAUGCUUGGACUAUUCGAAUGCAACUGGGAACUUACAGCCGAUGGGGCGGGGUGAUGUCCCAUGGUAAGGACUACACGAACGUCAAGGAGGAGAACCAGGCAGAUGCAGAGAACGCAGACUACCAGGAGGAUUCUGAGAGCAGCAAGGAAGAAGACUGUCCCAUCGUUGAAGUGGGCACGAUCAUUGCUCAGGGAAAUCAAGAAGAUGGUGAAGCCGCUGAAGCAGCAAGUCGGCCGGCAGAAGACCAGGAACCGCAGGAACCGCAGGACGGGCAAAAGCGAGGUCAUUCGCCAGAGUCGCACUCCAAGCGUCGAGAGAAGAACUGGGAGGCCGAAUCUGCCCGACCUUACGCUUCCGGAGACCAUGACAAAUCAGAUCACCGCAAGGUUCUGGAUUCCAACAAGCAGUGGCUGAAGACGCCUGAAGACGUGAAGAAGUUUUUGCAGAAGGAGGAAUGGAGAAGCAACGGUGCAGAUGGUUGUUUCGACUUUGUAGAGAUGAAUUUCUCCAAAACCAAGAUGACAAACGAUGGCUUGAGAGAAGUGGUGAAAUUUUGUCAAAGAUGCCCUGAGCUUCGGGUGCUAAAGCUCUUCCAGAAUCAGCUGGACGACGAGGGUUGCAAGGAGCUCCUCAGUGUUUUCAAAGACUGCACAGCUUUGGAGGAGCUGCACUUGAGCCACAAUUGGAUCACCGAAAAAGGUGUAGAAAUGCUAGCCACAGCCGCGCUUGAAAACUUGACUUCCAGGUUUUCUCGUCCUUUUUGGCUGAGAGUCGAGCACAACAACUUCAGCUAUGCAUCAAGCUUUAUAGAAGAUCUGAAGACCAAGUUUCAUCCACAAAUUUGUGGCCGAGAGGAUCGGCGGCAUUGCUCCAACUUCAGGUGCAUCAAAGACUGCCGGAUGCAUAUCCCCUUCCUGGUGGAUGAAAGGGGGAGCAAAGGUUCCCAAGGGAACUGGGGCCGCUGGAACAACAAUAGCCAGGAGGAAUGGUCCUACAACUACGACCAGAAGUACAAGGCCUCGCACAAGUCGCGGAGCCGAUCUCCACCAACUCAGCCAAUCCGCCUGAAAGAACGGCAAUUGUCUCCUCCCAUGAUGAGAGCGAAGCGCCCGCGAGAGCGUUCUGAUCGUUCGCCCAUCGACCGGCGGGAGAGCUACUACCAAGACACGGACUACCCGGCCUACAGCAAUCGACGGAUGCGAAAUGAGCCAGCAUACGCUCCUGCCUACAAUCACUACAAUCAAUACCAUCAAUACCAUCCAAGGGACCAGAGAGACCCAAGAGACCCAAGAUACCCAAGAGACCCAAGAUACCCAAGAGACCCAAGGGACCAGUACCAUCCUCCAACGGCUCCCAGAGCCCCAAGUCCACCUCGAAGAGUUACUCGGCCUCAAAGCCCUUCAAGAAUGCCAGGCCGCUGGCCUGCAUCCGGCAGACGAAAUCGGCAAACUCCCAUGGAGCCGCCCAGGCCCAACCAGCCACCCAAACAGCAAGCCCCAGCAGGACCAGUUCGUCGUCCACCCUCCCCACCGCUUCCAAAACAGAAGUCCCAACAAGCACAGUACGCAUUGCCGGCACCUUUGCAAGGGCAAGCUCCACCGGAUGUUGAUGGAGACUCGGAAUACAGCUAUGACUACUACAGUGAUGACUACAGCUAUGAUGAUGAUGAUGAGCCACCAGCAGCUCCAGCAACCCUGGCCCAUCCAGGCCAUCCAGGCCAUCCUGGUCAUCCUGGCCAUCCUGGCCAUCCUGGCCAUCCUGGCCAUCCUGGCCAUCCUGGCCAUCCUCCAGUGGUAGUUCCAAAGAUGAAGGUUUCCCGGGAGGCCGCGCCUGCACCGAUGCCUUCCAGGGCUCCCAAGGCCAGACCUCCACCACGGCAACCGCCUGUAGGGGCACCUCGAGCACCAAGGGCACGUGCACGUAUGGGGGAGCAGAUGGUCAGGUACGAGGCUGAUCCCAGAAAUCCAGGGCCUAGGGAUAGGCCAGUGCGCCAAGCAAUGCGGCGCCGAGUCACAUAGCCAUCAUAGUCAUAGAGUCUUUCAGUUUUCAUAGAUUCCCAUUGCAUCAAAGGCGAUCGCAGUCGUAGGUGACGACUGCAGACAUCGUUUGGCUUGCAGCUGACGAUGACAGAGGCUCUGGCCUCUUGCUAAUACUUCAGGCUGUGCAACCCUAGGCGUGAUGCGGGCUCGACCAUUUU